AAAAAACAAAAAAGUUUCACAAAUUACAAAAGUUGUUGACUAUUUUAUUCAAAAUAGUCUUUAAAUUGUUUAAUGCAUGUGCAUUUACCGCAUGAAAUAAACAAUAUUCAAUAAAGUGAAACAAUAAAAACAGCAGGAAUCAACAACUAAAUUAAAAUGCCGAAAGUUUCAAAAACUACUGGAUAUUACAAAAUCGUAAAAACAGUGAAUAAUGGCAAAAAUGAAUUGUCAGUUGUUCCGAGUGGGUGGGAGAAAAAUGGCAUAUUAUAUUGGCCAUCUAAAACAGCCGGUGCAGCUGCAAUGUUGUCCAUCGAAGAUCCACUUAGCGUUCCAGGGAAAAAAGGUUGGAGUAAACAUAAAUGCAUCGUCCAACGGCGAAACAUAAAAUGGGACUUUGAAACGGCUGAAAGAGAAGUGAAGAAAAUGUUGGCCGAAUCUGAAAUGAGUGCUAGCAGCAGUAGCGAAAAUGAAAGUACCAAAAGACCUCAACCAAAACCAAUGCCAAAAAAACGAAUGAAAUUAAAACGUCGUGUUGAAGUGUCUCUAACAGAUGUAUUAAAUCAACCAAAAAAAAUGAAUGACAAGCCAUCAGAAGUGGUGAAUCAACAUCAAACUCAACCAACAUUUAUCCCCCAGAUGCUAUCUCAGUCACCAUCCCAUAAUCAACAACCAAAAAUGUACAUUCCGCAAUACAAUAAUGAAGGUUACUUUGUUCCAAAUAAUAUAAUAUUGACGUCACAACCGGCUGUAAAUCAAAGUAUUGGCAUUAGUUUGUCCAAUGUAAUGGAACUUUUGCAGACAGUAUCCAAAAAUGUAGAUGAUUUACAUAAAAAAUUGGACACUUUGAAUAAAAAAGUUGACAAUUUGAAGAAAUGUGUCGAAAAUAGCCCGAAUACGCAUCCUAGGGAAUUUAUUUUACCAAGUUUGAAGGAAAUAAAUAUGAAUCCAAUUGAAACUGUUGACGAAUUGUACGAAUUUGAAGAAAAAUUGAAGGACAAGGAGUUCAAAAAGGAUUUGAUUGGAAGAUUAAAACAUGUCUGUGGUGCGAACUCAAUGAGCGGUGACAGAGCCGCCUACACUUUGGUCGAUAAAAUUUUUACAAGAAAAUUGAUGACGCAAAUGUCUUGGUCUGGUGUGUCUAAACAAGGUGUUGCUACAAAAAAACCAUUGCAGAUAUUCGAGAACGUUGUAAGAUUUUUUUACACAUUGGUUAAAAUAGCAGAUCCCAAUUACACAGAGCUAGAUGCAAAAAAUUUCUUCAAAAAGAAAGUCCUACCAAAUAGUUUACGUCGGAACUUGUCACACUUUCAACGUGCGUCUAUGCCAAAACAACGGGCAUUCAAAAUUAAAAAUCCAUCAUUUUCAAAGAAUAUGAAUCAAUUUGAAAACUCUGAUUCUAAUGGCGAUAACAUGAUUACAACUACAGCACUUGAAACACUAAAUUUUGCAAAUGAAACAAACGAUUGCAAUGACGGAAGUGAUGGUGAUUGUGAGAUGAAGUCUGAAGAAGAGACGGAGGGAGAAUACGCUGAAGAAUUCUUAUUGGGAGACGAUCAAAUAUAUGCAGAAUUAAUUAAAGCAGACACAAAUACAGAAAUAUCACCCCCACACAAACGAGCUAAAGUUAAAUAAAGAAACAUGUAUUUGUAUUUGUGAGAAACAAAAUAAAUGCCUUUAGAGUUCAACGCAA